UUUGUAUACAUAUACUGGUUAUGUAUAAUGUUCUACUUUGUAAGACAGAUAACAAUAUUGUUUAUUGAAGCUAAUAACUACGUAACGGUUAGUAAAUAAACUCCCUACUCGGCCUGGGUUUCGUAAGAACCGAAUAAAGCUUCUGUACAUUUGAGAUCCAAGUGCUAGAGCAAGUGUGGGAGAGCCAAGCUUCGGCAUGAAUGGAUCGGCUCGACCGGAGUGAUACCACGGCCUCACAGAAUACCGGCGUGAAACAACGCUGUGUGUUUCGCCGUGUGAGUGAGGUUACCGGAGGCCCAAUCCCUCCCCCUCCCCUAUCACUGCCCGAUCCUAAUAUCCCCAACCCCUAUCCCCAAAAGGCCGGCAACGCACUCGUAACUCCUUUGGUGUUGCAGGUGUCCAUGGGCGGCGCCGAAUGCUUACCAUCAGGUAAUCCCUCAAAAGACGAUGAAAUAGAUGGUAACUGCAUAGUCCGCGCUCGUGGUCUUCCGUGGCAGUCUUCAGAUCAAGAUAUUGCCAAAUUCUUUAGAGGUCUCAAUGUUGCAAAAGGUGGAGUAGCUCUGUGCCUCUCGCCCCAAGGGAGACGUAACGGCGAAGCGCUGGUGCGGUUCGUGUCUCAAGAGCACAGGGACAUGGCGCUCAAACGACAUAAGCACCAUAUCGGCUCACGGUACAUUGAGGUGUACCGUGCGAGCGGUGAGGAUUUCCUGUCGGUGGCAGGGGGCGCCACUUGUGAGGCUGCUGCCUUUUUGUCCCGUGGAGCGCAGGUCAUCGUGCGGAUGAGAGGGUUGCCUUACGAUGCGACACCUCAACAAGUUCUGGAUUUCUUCUCAGCGGGAGAGAACCCAGUGAUGGUGCUGGAUGGAGCUGAAGGAGUGUUGUUUGUACGACGAGCUGAUGGCAGGGCCACUGGAGAUGCCUUCGUACUCUUCGCCAAGGAAGAUGACGCGCCCAAGGCGUUGUCUCGACAUCGCAAAUCUAUAGGAGCUCGGUACAUCGAACUGUUCCGGUCGACUACGGCUGAAGUUCAGCAGGUCCUAAAUAGGUCUCUGGAGACCCGUACGAGCCAGUCCAGCACGCCUUCCACUGCCCCCACUCCAGCGGAAGGUCUCCUGCCUGUAGCCUUAGUACCACAGCAUGUCAUCACAUCUGGAACUGCUAAGGACUGCGUCCGACUAAGGGGACUACCUUAUGAGGCCCAAGUGGAACACAUACUGACGUUCUUGGACGAGUUCGCCAAGAACAUAGUGGUGCAAGGCGUACAUAUGGUAUACAAUGCUCAGGGCCAUCCCAGCGGCGAAGCGUUUAUCCAGAUGGACAGUGAAGCGAGCGCGUUCCUUUGCGCGCAGCAGAAACACCAUCGAUACAUGACCUUUGGCAAGAAGCAGCGGUACAUUGAGGUGUUCCAGUGCUCAGGCGACGACAUGAACCUGGUGCUGACAGGCGGCGUGACGCCGGCGACGUCCCCGAAGGUGUUGUCCCCCGGUACGUUGGUGUCCCCCCCGCCGCCCGCGCCCGCGCCGCGCCUCUUGGCGCAGCACAUCGCGCACCAGAGCCUCCUCGCGCGCCAGCACGAGAACCUCCUCCUCGCCUCCCUCCGCCCUCCCAUAGUCCCCAUCCUCCCCACGUACGCGGCCGUCCGCUCUCAGGCACCCUCCGCGCAGGCCUACCAACUUCCACAAAUGUCUCAAAUGCUGCAACAACAAACAAUGCUGCCAACCAAACGGUCUUACGAGCGCGCCUUCCAGCCCACGGAGGCGGCGCCUGCAAAGAGGCCGUAUGCCAUGCCUCCUCAAAUGACCCCCGCCCUAUCUCUGCCAGUUUUCUCUUACGGCACGUCGGCUCCUAUAUUCUCUUACGCAAACACGAGUCCUAUGUUGUCGACGUACAACACGUUGCCGACAGCUCUGCCGACUGCCUUGCCGGCUGGGUACGGGUCCGCCCUCUCCGCGGCGCUGCCAGGGACGAUGACGUCGCCUUUCCCAACGCUGUCUAUGUUCCCAACAUACCCGUACUACCCGGGCGUUUAA